ACAAAAAUCAGUUACAAAUUACGUAAAAUAAUAAUCAAUAAUUUUUAGUACAAAAUGGCUAAAAUUUUUGGACGAAUAAUGAGAAUUGCCAAGAAGAAAUUUGGCUUAAGAAAAAAAUCCAAAGUCAUCUCAGUAGAUUGUGGAUCACAAACUAAUACAAUGGCAGAAGAAAUUGUCGCUCCAAUAAAAUCCGUUACAGAAAUAAAUAUUUUAGAGUCUCAGAUUAAGGAAGUAGCAGACAUAGCAGUUCAGACGUCUUUAUUUACCUCUGACAAACUUACUCAGACAAAUAAUAAACUUAUGUAUAAUUUGUCUGAGACACAAACAGAAAUGUCGUUGUUUAAUUCGUUAAGUUGUGAAACACAAACUGACGUCUCGAUAGAAAAUCUUAUUUUAAAUACAAAAUCUUUGGACGAGCCUCAUAAUUCAAAUUCAAAAUUAAUAAAUUAUAUGCACACUGGUUCUCAGUGUUCCCUCUUAUCUACUAAAAAUGAGCCUCUUUUAAAAGUUAAUGAAUUUAGAGAGCAUGAUUUGCAGUCAUGUACUUUGUCGCCUUUAGAAGCACCUAUUAAAGUUAAUAAUUGCGUUGAGGAUGGAAUUAAUCCUUCAACAACACUCAAUGACACUCAAGAAAAAAUUGAACGGUGUGUUACAAAAAGUCAAAUAACAGCUGAAGUUGAUGCGACAUAUGAUUUGUCAAUUGCUGAAGUGGAAUUUAAUAAAAAAAACUCGAAUGAAGUUUUAGUCAACAAACAAAACGUACAUCAGGUCGAAAAUCGUCUACAAUUCUAUACUCUUGAUAAUGUUCCUAAGCUUCAAUUAAGAAAUAAUUAUGUAUAUAGUAUGAGAGUGCUGUAUUGUCAAACAGAUUAUAUUUGCAUGACAAAAGCAAAAAAUGAACAAAAAAUACGAUUUAUAGAAAACAAUAUGAAUGCACAUUAUAAGCAGACACAAGAUUGUAAUUUUAAACCACGACAUGAUGAGCUUUGUGCCGUUAAAUAUAGUGAUGGUAGUUGGUAUAGAGGAGUUUGUAUUGAUAUUGAAAAUAGUGUGGAUAGAAGUCAAUUUUACAUUAUUAAUUUAAUUGAUUGGGGAGAAUCGGUUUCUGUACCAUCUUCUGAACUGCGUAGAUUGGAAAUGUUUUAUAUGAAACACGCGCCUUUGGCAGUCAAAUGCAUCAUAUUGGAUUUCAAAUUAUCCAACGCACAUCAAAAAAAUCUGCGUAAACUGGAGAAUAAUGAAUAUAAAUGCAAAAUUAAUUUAAGACUUAGCCCCCGAAACUUUUUAAUAUCUUCAAAAACAAUUCUGGACAUAUUACGUAAUCGAUAAGAUAAUUGUUAUUUUCUUAUACAUUAUAUUUUUUUGUUCAGUAGUCAAUUAAUUUACUUAACUUGUGUUUAAAUAAAUUGUUUACUGUUUUCAUUAUAUAAUUAAAAAAUAAUAUUUAC